AAAGCCACGCGCAGUUUUCAUCCUACUUCGUCGGAGCCAGUUCAUUGCUGCAAGUCAGUACGUGUAGAGUGUGUACUCUUUUGAACAGUUUUUCGGUUGUCGAACAGAUUUAGUUCGUGUCUUUCCUUUCGUGGUCAAUUUCAAAAGUGCUUUUAACAAGACAAAUCGUCGUUUUUGUUUUGUUUUUAUUACCUUUACGUCUCAAGCGAAAUAUUGGACGCAUCUCGAGCACGAUUACAGCGACUUUGAUUGCUAAUCUUUGACUUGCAUGGAUUCUGCGAAACCAUUAGGCUCAAGGAAAAGAAUAUCAAUACAAAAUGAUAAUCGGGAUAACGAUCGGGCUUUGUAUCGCUAUCCUUACGCUAAUAUAUGUUUAUUGUAAAUACGUGAUAUUCAAUUUCUGGCGGAAGAAGGGUGUGUUUUAUAUCGAGCCUGAUGUACCAACUGGCAACAUGACUGAUUUUAUAACUGGAAAAAAAUCAUUAGGUGAAUUCUUUUAUGAUGGCUAUAUGAAAUAUAAAGAUCAUCGUGUUUUUGGAACGUAUUUCUUUUUGAAACCAAAUCUGACUAUCACCGAUCUCGACCUCAUCCAAACGGUGUUGGCAAAGGAAUUCGGAAGUUUUCAUGAUCGUGGAUUGUUUUACAACGAAAAAACCGACCCACUGACUGGUAAUUUGUUUAUGUUGUCCGGGAAAAAGUGGCGGAACUUACGCGUCAAAUUGACGCCGACCUUCACAUCGGGAAAAAUAAAGCAAAUGUUCAUGGUCUUGAAAGAAUGUGGCGAAAUGCUCACGAACAGUUUGGAGAGUAAAAUUCGCACAGAAGAUUCUAUCGAGAUUAAAGAUAUAUUUGCCAGAUACUCGACGGACAUAAUUAUGACGACUGCAUUUGGAAUAAAAUGCAACUCUUUAGUUGAGACGAGCAACGAAUUUCGAUAUUGGGGGAAAAAGGCCUUGGUAUCGAGCGCUAUUUGGGAUAGUCUUUUCCUGUCUAUUCCGCAAAUUAUGGAUUUUUUUUCAAGAAAAGAAUAUCAAUACAAAAUGAUAAUCGGGAUAACGAUCGGGCUUUGUAUCGCUAUCCUUACGCUAAUAUAUGUUUAUUGUAAAUACGUGAUAUUCAAUUUCUGGCGGAAGAAGGGUGUGUUUUAUAUCGAGCCUGAUGUACCAACUGGCAACAUGACUGAUUUUAUAACUGGAAAAAAAUCAUUAGGUGAAUUCUUUUAUGAUGGCUAUAUGAAAUAUAAAGAUCAUCGUGUUUUUGGAACGUAUUUCUUUUUGAAACCAAAUCUGACUAUCACCGAUCUCGACCUCAUCCAAACGGUGUUGGCAAAGGAAUUCGGAAGUUUUCAUGAUCGUGGAUUGUUUUACAACGAAAAAACCGACCCACUGACUGGUAAUUUGUUUAUGUUGUCCGGGAAAAAGUGGCGGAACUUACGCGUCAAAUUGACGCCGACCUUCACAUCGGGAAAAAUAAAGCAAAUGUUCAUGGUCUUGAAAGAAUGUGGCGAAAUGCUCACGAACAGUUUGGAGACGGCCGCGCAAGCCUUUAUCUUCUUCAUAGCUGGCUUUGAAACAUCCUCAACUACAGCGACGUUCUGCCUGUAUGAAUUAGCUAUAUACCAGGAUAUACAGGAGAUGGUUCGUCAGGAAAUCGACGAGACCUUGAAAAAGCACGGUGAAUUGACUUACGAUGCUGUGAAUCAAAUGACAUAUCUGCACAAAGUAGUUCAAGAGACUCUACGGAAAUAUCCGCCUUUACCUAUCUUGAAUCGCGUCUGCACCAAGGACGUAGUUCUUCCAACGACAAACUUUCUCAUACCGGAAGGGACCAUGAUUACUAUACCAGUACUCGGAGUGCAUCGAGAUCCGUCAAUAUAUCCAGAUCCGGACAAAUUCGAUCCAGAACUCACGAAAUUAUUUCAAGACAAUGUAGAAUAUAGGAAAGCUCACAACGUUGUCAGGCACGAUUUCAUGAAUCUACUUAUACAACUCAUGGAGAAAGGCUACGUUGAAUCCGAUGGAAAUCGACAAGAUACCGCCGAUAUAUCAUCUAAUACUAAUAAAUUCACCAUACCGGAAGCGGCCGCGCAAGCCUUUAUCUUCUUCAUAGCUGGCUUUGAAACAUCCUCAACUACAGCGACGUUCUGCCUGUAUGAAUUAGCUAUAUACCAGGAUAUACAGGAGAUGGUUCGUCAGGAAAUCGACGAGACAUUGAAAAAGCAUGGUGAAUUGACUUACGAUGCUGUGAAUCAAAUGACAUAUCUGCACAAAGUAGUUCAAGAGACUCUACGGAAAUAUCCGCCUUUACCUAUCUUGAAUCGCGUCUGCACCAAGGACGUAGUUCUUCCAACGACAAACUUUCUCAUACCGGAAGGGACCAUGAUUACUAUACCAGUACUCGGAGUGCAUCGAGAUCCGUCAAUAUAUCCAGAUCCGGACAAAUUCGAUCCAGAACGUUUCAACGCAGACCAAGUGGCGGCGAGACAUCCUUACGCUCACUUAGCUUUUGGGGAAGGACCACGAAUCUGUAUUGGUGCAAGAUUUGGUUAUGUGCAAACAAAGGUUGCGAUUAUAAGUAUUCUGUCAAAAUUCAAGUUUAAACUGCAUCCCCAAACUCCGAUACCUCUAAGUAUUGAUAAAUCAUCAUUCUUGCUUUCAGUCAAGGACGGUAUACAUCUUAUUUUUGAGCCACUGUUCACGAAAUUAUUUCAAGACAAUGUAGAAUAUAGGAAAGCUCACAACGUUGUCAGGCACGAUUUCAUGAAUCUACUUAUACAACUCAUGGAGAAAGGCUACGUUGAAUCCGAUGGAAAUCGACAAGAUACCGCCGAUAUAUCAUCUAAUACUAAUAAAUUCACCAUACCGGAAGCGGCCGCGCAAGCCUUUAUCUUCUUCAUAGCUGGCUUUGAAACAUCCUCAACUACAGCGACGUUCUGCCUGUAUGAAUUAGCUAUAUACCAGGAUAUACAGGAGAUGGUUCGUCAGGAAAUCGACGAGACCUUGAAAAAGCACGGUGAAUUGACUUACGAUGCUGUGAAUCAAAUGACAUAUCUGCACAAAGUAGUUCAAGAGACUCUACGGAAAUAUCCGCCUCUACCUAUCUUGAAUCGCGUCUGCACCAAGGACGUAGUUCUUCCAACGACAAACGUUCUCAUACCGGAAGGGACCAUGAUUACUAUACCAGUACUCGGAGUGCAUCGAGAUCCGUCAAUAUAUCCAGAUCCGGACAAAUUCGAUCCAGAACGUUUCAAUGUAGACCAAGUGGCGAAGAGACAUCCUUACGCUUACUUAGCUUUUGGGGAAGGACCACGAAUCUGUAUUGGUGCAAGAUUUGGUUAUGUACAAACAAAGGUCGGAAUUAUAAAUAUACUGUCGAAGUUCAAGUUUAAACUGCAUCCCCAAACUCCGAUACCUCUAAGUAUGGAUAAAUCAUCAUUCUUGCUUUCAGUCAAGGACGGUAUACAUCUUAUUUUUGAGCCACUGUAAACUAAUGGCGGACAUAUUUUUAAAUGAUAAAAUGUAUGCCGAGUAUGUCUUAAAGUUGAGUGUUAUUAAUAUCAAAGAGGAAAUACAUUUUUUAAAUAUCUAGAUUUGCUGAAAAUUUUAAAGAUCGAUGCAAUUGUUCUCGAGAUAAUCGCAAACGUACAUUUAUACAAACAUGCAAGCUAAUUUAAAAAAGCUCUUUUUUUAAUAAUCUUGAAGCAUUGAAUUAUUUUAUCAAAACGUUUUAUAUGUUUGAAAUAUAUUUCCAAUAAAACUAUGAAGUUGA